AUGUCAAAAGGCAAUGCUCCCUUGAAAGUUGCCUUUGUUCACCCUGACCUAGGCAUAGGCGGAGCAGAACGGCUGGUAGUUGAUGCUGCCAUGGGCAUUCAGAGCAAAGGUCAUAUUGUCACUAUGUACACCAGUCAUCACGAUCCAAACCAUUGCUUUGAUGAGACUAGAAACGGAAUGUUGAGAGUAUGUGUGAUAGGCAAUUUUUUACCUCGUAGUUUGUUUGGCCGAUUCUAUAUUGUUUUCGCUGUUCUUCGACAAUUAGCUCUAGUUAUUUGGCUUUUGUUCCAUGAAAAAAAUACAUACGAUGUUAUUUUUUUGGAUCAACUGAGUAGCUGUAUACCCUUAUUGAAAUGGUUCUCUUCGACUAAAGUAUUAUUCUACGGCCAUUUUCCAGAUGCAUUUUUAUCCAAGCGAGAAUCAAUAUUAAAAAAGUUAUACAGAUUACCUUUUGAUAAGAUGGAAGAAGUGACAACAAACAUGGCAGAUACAAUUGCGGUUAACAGUCAGUUUUCAGCAAGUAUGUUCAACAAGGCAUUUUCCUCAGGAUUGAAACAGGCAACUGUACUCUAUCCACCUAUCAAUUUUGCCUGCUAUGACAAUUCUGUUGAUAUGUCAGAUCCUACUGUGAAGUUAAUCGAAACGAACAAGAAGAUUAUUGUUUCGAUUAAUCGAUUUGAAAGAAAAAAGAAUAUUGAGUUGGCAUUAAGAGCCUUUGCUUUACUAGAGAAGAACAAUUUGCUACCGAAAGACGAUUUCCAACAAAAUUAUCGUCUUGUUUUGGCCGGCGGUUAUGAUAAGCGAGUCGUAGAAAAUGUUGAAUACUUGAAAGAAUUGGAUACCUUAGCUACCAAAAUAUUCGGUUUAAAAACGUUUACCAUCUACCCAAGCCCGGGUAUUCAACAACAACAUGUACCUGAAGAUGCUCAAGUCGUUUUCUUAUGUUCUUUCAAUGAUGCUCAACGCACUUAUCUAUUGAACCGAUCAAUAGUGCUCCUCUAUACUCCUUCUAACGAACACUUCGGUAUUGUUCCCAUCGAAGCCAUGUACACAAGAUUACCAGUGAUUGCCACAAAUAGCGGUGGACCUUUGGAAACUGUUAUAGAUAAAGUGACUGGUUUCAACCUUCCACCUGAGCCUGAGAAAUGGGCAGAAGGCAUCAAGGAUCUUACAUUAGGCAAAUAUGAUAGGGCCAAAAUGGGAGAAGUGGGCCGAGAGUAUGUCAAGUCUAAGUUUUCUUUGGAGGCAUUCUCUGAUCAAUUAGAAGAUAUGAUGGUGCAAUUAGUAUCGACACCGAAUGAUCACCAUUUCGGAGGGCCCUUGGCUUUUAUCCUUGUAGUAGUGUUUGGUUUACUUUCUGCUUUCAUUUACUCGUAUUUCCAAUAA